AUGCCCAUCUGCAUCGAGUGCCGGCAUCCGGUUAAGACGCUAUGGACGCAGUACUCAGGCGCGGGCGACAAGGCGAGCGGCCACAACAUUCGGCUGACCGUCUGCCGCAAAUGCGGGCGGUUCUGCGACAAGUACGUUGAGCACGACUUUGUCGUCCUCUUCAUCGACCUGGUCCUCAUCAAGCCCCAGCCUUCAAUUGUACGGCUCGGCAUCUUGCUACUGCUAUUCGAUGUCUACCUCACAUGGGCGCGCAUUGAGAACCAAGGCCUGCCGGGCGAGACGCCUGGCGAGAGAAACGAGAGCAGCCUGGGGCAGCUCGCGCAGCAGCCCAUUGUGAUCCAAUACUUCUUCUUCCUGAUGCUCUGCACGCUCUCGACCCUCGCCUUUCACGCCGUUAUCCGCUUCCUCGUUGCGUCUUCGCUAUCGCCGCUGGUCGCACUCGGCGUGCUGCCGCGCUACCGGCGACCGAACUCGGUAUCGACGGCGCUACUCGUGUCCUCGUCGACGAAGCUGUUCCCGAUCCUGCUCGUAAUCUGGGACUAUGACGUGCCGGCGGCCGCCACGUCGCUCGGGUGGGCUGUCGUCGCCAACAAUGUUGAGGCGCUGCGCAUCCUGCUCGACUGCCGCUACUACGUCGCCUGCCUACUUGCGCUGAUCGGCGCCGCCACACGCUGGUCCGUCGCGCGCCUCGUGCUGGUCGCGGUCGGGCUCAACGGCACCGACUCCAUGUCCGUCGACGCGAGCAUGGCCACGGACGCGAAGGCCCUCUGGGGAGCGGUCACAUUACAUCAAGCAAAGAGCAGAUCAACAAUGGCACCGACACUACUAUGGAUCGGUCUUGGCAACAUGGGUCGUGCCAUGUGCAAGAACAUUGUCGACAAGGGCAAUCUUGACGCCCCGCUACUCAUCUACAACCGCUCCAAGCAACGCGCCGUCGACUUGAGCCAGAAGCUUCCCGGCGGCAAGACAGAAGUGGUCGAGUCGCUUGUCGACGCCGUCGCCAAGGUCGACAUCAUCUUCACCUGCGUCGCCAACGACGAGGCCGUGAGCGAGGUCAUUGCCGCAGCGCUGCAGGCCGAUAUCAAAGGCAAGCUGUUCAUCGAGUGCUCCACCAUCCACCCGGACGCGACGCAGGCGACGGCAGACAAGCUCCUCGCGCAGGGCGCCGAGUUUGUCGCGGCGCCCGUGUUUGGCGCGCCGGCGGCGGCCGAGGCCGGGCAGCUGAUCGCGGUGCUCGCGGGCCCGUCGGCCAGCGUGGACCGCGCGCGGCCGUGGUUCAAGGGCGUGACGGCGCGGGCCGAGAUUGACCUGACGGGGGCGCCGUACGGCAAGGCGACGACGCUCAAGGUCAUUGGCAACACGUUUGUGCUCAACAUGGUCGAGCAGCUGGCCGAGGCGCACGUGCUGGCCGAGACGUCGGGCUUGGGCACGCAGCCCAUCCACGCGCUCGUCGAGGCGCUCUUCCCGGGCCCGUACGCGGCGUACAGCACGCGCAUGCUCUCGGGCGACUACCACACGCGCGCGGAGCCCCUAUGGGCCGUGGACCUCGCCCGCAAGGACGCCCGGCACGCCAAGGCCCUGGCGGCGGCGGCGGGCACGAGGGUGCAGAAUGUCGAGACGGCCGACGCGCACUUGGCGAGCCUCCGGGAACAUGCGGGCCCGUCGGGCGACAUUGCGGCCAUCUAUGGCGUGGUACGUAAGAAGGCUGGCUUGAACUUUAAGAAUGAUGUGUGA